AUGAGAUUCUCUCUCCUCGGUGCGGCUGUUAGCCUGCUCUCCUCUUCGACUUUGGUUGCAGCCCAGACCUAUACCAACUGCAACCCCACAGAAAAGAGCUGCCCCCCCGAUCCUGCUCUUGGAAAGUCUGCGAGCUAUGAUUUCACCCAAGGUGGUUCGUCCGAGUUUACAACCACCGGAACGGCUUCCUAUGACAGCAAUGGUGCUGCGUUUACCGUGGCUAAAAAGGGCGAUGGCCCUUUGAUCCAGUCCAACUGGUACAUCAUGUUUGGUCGUGUCGACUUUGUGAUCAAGGCCGCUCCUGGAACUGGUAUCGUCAGCAGUGCUGUUCUGCAGUCGGACGAUCUGGACGAAAUUGACUGGGAAUGGCUCGGUGGUAGCAACGCCUAUGUCCAGACUAACUACUUUGGAAGGGGUCAGACUGGUAGCUACAACCGUGGAGCCUCUCACGACAAUCCUGGAAACCACGAUGACUUCCACACCUACACUAUCGAAUGGACCAGCUCUCAAAUUGUGUGGCAGAUCGAUGGCAAAACCGUUCGGGUGCUCACUCCUUCGGAUUCCAAUGGCCAGUUCCCUCAGUCGCCCAUGAUGGUCAAGGUUGGUGUCUGGGCUGGUGGUGAUCCUGGCAAUGCUCAAGGAACUAUUCAAUGGGCGGGUGGUGUCGUUGACUACAGUGCUGGUCCAUACACCAUGUAUCUCAAAUCGCUCAGUGCGACCGACUACUCGACUGGAUCGUCGUACUCGUACAGUGACAAGACUGGUACAUGGGAGUCUAUUGUUGCGGAGGGGGGUCAGGUCAAUGGUAAUAGUGCCGCCGAGCCCAAGUCCACUGAAUCUGCCCCUCCCGUGACAGCCACAAUUGACAGUGCUCCUAUUCCUUUCAGUGGAACGCACCGCGAAACGUCGAGCUUUGUAACGCCAAGUGAAUGGCCUUGGAUUCCUACGGCUACUGCUGAGUCUUCCGAGCCAACUUCCAAGUCUCUCCCCAGUGGCUGGACUUUCUCCGGAUCUGGUCAGAUUCAUCCGCCCAGCGCGGCGUCUGUGAUCUACGGUCCGGUCUACAUCAGCAUCAUCUGCCUCUUUGCUGGCCUCGUCUUCCCCCUCUGGCCUUGA